AUGCUCGCAAAGCCCGUAGGCCUCUCCGGGCCGCGCGCCGGCGCGCGUGCGCCCCGGGGCCGUGGUUACGGCAGCCGCUCUUCGGCGUCGAUGCGUGCGUCCCAUCAGAGCGGUGUCUCGGGCAUCGGACCGACCCGGGAUGCCCCUCUCCGCCCCUCCACACGUGGGCUGUGCCAGCUGCCCGCGCGCUCCCGCAGCGUCGCGACCCGCGCGGCGUCCGCCCAGGCGCAGGAGGGCCACGUCAUCGUGCGCUUCGAGGUCACGGUGGUGCCCAACGAGGAGGGCGUGGUCGUGGCGGAAGAUGUCAAGGUCACCGGCGGGGACCUCUGGCUGGGCGACUGGGACCCGUUCCGCGGCGCGCCGAUGCAGAAGGUCGGCGACAGCACGUUCCGCGUCGAGGUGCAGCUCCCGCUGAACCGCAAGGUCGAGUACAAGUACCUGUACACCACGUCGGACCAGGAGGUGGCCUGGCAGCAGGGCUUCAACAAGGUCAUUCACACGGGGCAAGGGCACCACGUGAUCACGCUCGAGGACGGCUGGGUCGGGUUCGAGACCCCGCACCCCGUGGGGAAGAAGAAGAGCAAGAAGGACCGCAAGCACGAGCACGAGGAUCACCACCACCAUCACGAGGAGCACCACGUGGGCGGGAACGGGCACGGGGGGCUGCCGGAGCCCGACCUGUCGGGGCUCGUCGGGCCGGAGGGCGACAAGAGCCCGCCGCAGUGGGCCCUCGACGCCGUGUGGUACCAGAUCUACCCGCUCGGGUUCCUGGACGCGCCGAUGCACGGCGGCGACCCCAACGCGCACGCGGGCGACCCGCCGCGGCUGGCGCGCCUGCACAGCUACUUCGACCACCUGCAGAGUCUGGGCGUGGGCGCGGUCCUGUUCAACCCGCUCUUCUUCUCCGACUCGCACGGCUACGACACCAUCGACUACUACCGCAUCGACCCGCGUCUGGGCUCCCUGGACGACUUCAAGGCCCUGGUCGACGCGUGCCACGACCGGGGCAUCCGCGUGGUGCUCGACGGCGUGUUCAACCACACGUCGCGGAACCACGUGGCGUUCAAGGAGCUGCUGGAGCGCCGCGGCGGCGGCGGCGGGCACUACGACGGGUGGUACAUCACGCAGGGGCACGGCGUGAUGGACCACGGCGACGGGUUCGCGUACAAGGGGUGGGAGGGCCACGGGCACCUGCCGGAGCUGAACAUCGAGGGGAACGAGGCGGCGAAGGAGUACAUCCACGACAUCGCGCGCUUCUGGCUGGGCCACAUUGGGGUGGACGGCUGGCGGCUGGACGUGGCGUACGAGAUCUCGCCGGCCUUCUGGCAGGAGUUCCGCAACGUGUGCCUCGAGGCGAAGCCGGACGCGAUCCUCAUCGGCGAGAUCAUCCACGGCGACUACAGGGAGCGCGUCAACGGGCGGUGCCUGCACUCGUGCACCAACUACCAGCUCUACAAGGCGAUCUGGAGCUCGAUCAUGGACAAGAACUACUUCGAGCUCGUGCACUGCUGGGAGCGCUGCGAGGACCACAACCCCGGCCUCACCCUCCUCAACUUCGUCGGGAACCACGACGUGAAGCGGAUCGCGUCGAUCCUGGGCGUCGGCGACCCGCUCGGGCGCGGCGUGGCCCGCUACAAGCUCGCGAUGGCGUUCAUGCUGCUCUGCAACGGCAUGCCGUGCAUUUACUACGGCGACGAGGCCGGCAUGCAGGGCGAGGCCGGCGGCCCCGAGGUCGGCUACGACGCCCCUCUGCGGCGCCCCAUGGUGCAGCCGUGGAACGGGGAGGGCAACGGGCCCGGGGAGUGGCCCGCGGGCGGCGCGGACACGUACCGCAUCACGAAGGCGCUGUGCCACAUCCGCCGGCGGCACAGCGGGCCGGACGCGGCGCUGAACCCGCACAACCGCAUGGUGAUCAUCAGCAACAGCAACCAGUGGCUGGCGUUCGGGCGCGGGGGCCUCGGGAAGGACUCGGUGAUCGUGCUGCUCAACUGCGGCGAGCGCUCGGUCGAGGUGGAGCUCAACGUGUCGGCCAAGGGGCUCGGGGAGGCCGGGCACACGUGGCGCGACUGCUGGAUGGAGAACCACGGCGAGCACUUCACCGUCGGGCCGAACGGACGCAUGCGCGCGGACAUCCCGGCGAUGGGCGUGAGGAUCCUCGAGGCCGUGUACUGA